GAAGGAAGGCGAAGAGCGAAGGCCGUGAGACAAGAUGCCGGCGGUCAAGAGGAAACGGCGUGGAGAUCCGGCGAUCCAGACCAAGAAGCCAAAAAAGAACAAAAAAGAUGCCGAGCGGCCGACUAAGCUGCACGACACGGCAGAGGAGGCCGAGGAGGAGGAUAGAGAUCGUAUCCCAGGUCCUGUUUGCAAGGGCAAGUGGAAAAAUAAGGAACGGAUUCUCAUCUUUUCUUCCAGAGGAAUAAAUUUUAGAACAAGACACUUAAUGCAAGACUUAAGAAUGUUGAUGCCUCAUUCUAAAGCAGAUACUAAAAUGGAUCGUAAAGAUAAGUUAUUCGUGAUUAAUGAGGUCUGUGAAAUGAAAAACUGCAAUAAGUGUAUAUAUUUUGAAGCCAAGAAAAAACAGGAUCUAUAUAUGUGGCUUUCAAAUUCACCUCAUGGGCCAUCUGCUAAAUUCCUUGUGCAAAAUAUUCAUACCUUAGCUGAACUAAAGAUGACUGGAAACUGUUUGAAAGGUUCUCGACCCCUUUUGUCUUUUGACCCUGCGUUUGAUGAAUUACCACAUUAUGCUUUGUUAAAAGAACUCUUAAUUCAGAUCUUUUGUACACCACGCUAUCAUCCCAAAAGCCAGCCAUUUGUGGACCAUGUGUUCACUUUCACCAUUUUGGAUAAUAGGAUAUGGUUUCGGAACUUUCAGAUUAUAGAGGAAGAUGCUGCUCUUGUAGAAAUAGGACCUCGUUUUGUCUUAAAUCUCAUAAAGAUUUUCCAGGGAAGUUUUGGAGGACCGACUUUAUAUGAAAAUCCUCACUACCAGUCACCAAACAUGCAUCGCCGUAUCAUAAGAUCCAUCACAGCUGCGAAAUACAAAGAGAAACAGCAAGUCAAAGAUGUGCAGAAACUGAGAAAGAAAGAACCAAAGACUAUUCUUCCACAUGAUCCCACUGCAGAUGUUUUUGUUAUACCAGCUGAGGAAAAACCGAUAGAAAUAGAGUGGGUAAAACCAGAACCAAAAGUUGAUUUGAAAGCAAGAAAGAAAAGGAUAUACAAACGGCAAAGAAAAAUGAAACAGAAGGUGAACAGUGGGAAUGCAAAAUGAAUCAAUAUGAUAACUAAUUUGUUUUUCAGUUAUUUUGUAUUUAAUUUCUAUUCAGUUUGUAAGUACUUUUAUUAUCCAGGACUGUCUAAUUAGUGUGGCAUUUAAAAGAAAGAGAAAAAUUAAAUGCCAAGGAUUUUUUAUGAAUUCAGUGGUGUCUGUGCGUUUCUAAAUAAAACAUCAGAACUCAUC